GUUUUUUCGAGGUUGAAUAUUGGUCGAAUCAGCUGAUUUAUCCGAUUUUUUUAACCAAAAAAAUCAAGAAAUAUUCAAAUAUUAUGCAUUGAACAUCAAAAAUGCAACGAACAUUGAAUAAUUGUUUGCGAAAAUAUAAUCAUGGUAAUGUACGUCUUGGUCGAAAUUGUUUAUCAACAGCAAAACAACAAUCAAAUUUUGAAAUAUUAUUACCAAAUAAUGAUAAUUAUUAUGAAUCAGCAUCCGAUAUACCAAAUGAAGCUAAAGUAUUGAUUUAUGGUGAUGAAUUAGUAUCGAAAGCAUUAGCAUAUCAUUUAAGUGAUCAAUUAGGUUCGAAUGUUGUUGUUAUUCGAGGUCAUGGACCACGUGAUGAUCAGGAAAAAUCUGUAUCAUAUUCAACAUUGAAUAGUUUUUUUAUGACACAUUUGAUUGUAUCGAAUCCACGAUCAUCAUUAUUAAUUCGUCAUAGUGCUGAUUUAUAUAAUGUUACAAAUUGUGGUGCAAUAUAUUUGGCACAAACUGAAGAACGUGUAAAAUCAUUUAAACGUAUGAUUUCCAUUUCAAAACUAUUUAUACCAAAAGAAAGUGGUGAUAUGGAACUAUUAUCACCGGAAGAAAUCAAACGACGACAUGAUUUUAUUGAUACGAAUAAAAUUAAAUGUGGUAUUCAUGUACCAUUUGAUGGUGUUGUUAUGGAUCGUCGAGCUGAAGAGGAAAAAUUGGAAAAAUAUGCUCGCCAAAAAGGUGUACAAUUUUUUGAUGAAUUUAUUUUGAAUAAAAUUCAUGUGAAUAAUGAUCGUGUUUCGAAUAUUGAGCUUUUACAUCCGAUUACACAUGAAGUUGCAAAAAUACGUUGCGAAUAUUUUGUCAAUUCGGCCAAUAAUUAUCUAAGUCGUAGUAUUGGUAAAUGUAGCCUUACGAAAGUACGUGUACCAUCGAUGGCAUGUGAACAUCAAUUGUUGGUUACCGAACCGUUCGAUUUACCUGGACAACAACAAUCAACCGACGGACAAUCAACCGGUCCAUUAAUACCAAUUAUCAAUGAUUUUGAUAAUCGUACCACUGUUUAUCAACGUUUAGAUCGAACAUUUGUAUUGACUGGUUAUGAAAAAGUAUCGAAUGUUGUUCGUAAACUAUAUCGAUCUCGUAGUAAAGAUUAUCCUGUUGAUGUUGAAAUACCAAAAAUACCUGUACGAUGGAAUCAUUUUUAUUAUCUUUUGGAUCCUAUUUUAAAUCGUAUCCCUGCAUUACGACAAGCAAAAUAUCGUCAAUUAUAUACAAGGCCGGAAAAUUUUACACCUGAUGGUCGACCAUUAAUAGGUGAAGUUGCUGAAAUUAAAAACUAUAUUAUUGCAGCAGGUGUUUGGCCAUCAUUAACCGGUGGUACAGCAAAAUUGUUGGAAGAAUUAAUAUUGAAUAAACCAAAUUCAUUUCAACAUGAUUUUUGGUCAUUAGAUCCAAAACGUUUUAUCCCACUACAUUCAAAUCGAAUAUUUUUAUUUGAUCGUUUACGUGAAAUACCGGCAAAAGCACGUUAUAAUAUAAAUUUUCCAACACCACAUAAUAGUUAUCAAACUGGACAUGGUUUACUUCGUAGUCCACUUUAUAAACGUUUAAAAGAUGCUGGUGCUUAUUUUACACAAUAUAUGGGACAUGAAAGACCAGCUGUUUACCUGAGUAAAGAAACUGAACCAUAUCGUACUGAAUCAGAAGAUUGUGGUAUACUUGAAGAACGUGUACUAGAAACACCAUCAUUUGGUAAACCACAUUGGUUUAAUGCAAUUAAACAAGAAUAUAAUGCUUGUCGUGAACGUGUUGCUAUUUUAGAUUAUACAAGUUUUGCUAAAUUUCAAAUAUCAUCUGUACAUGAUGAAGCAUUAGAAUUAUUACAAUAUCUUUGUUCAAAUAAUGUUGAUAUACCGAUUGGUUCGAUUGUAUUGACAGGAAUGCAAAACGAUCGUGGUGGUUUUGAAAAUGAUGUUUCAAUCGUACGUUUGAAUGAACGAAAUUUUUUCCUAAUUGGACCGACUGAAAGUCAAACUCGAUGUAUGGCAUGGUUACGUUCGAAUGUUUUGGAAGAUGAUUUUGAUCAAAUUGCUAUACGUGAUGUUACUAAUGAUUUUACAGCCAUUUGUAUUAUGGGUCCUUAUGCAAAAUUAUUGCUGAUCGAUGUUGUUGUAGCUGCUGCUUUAGCAAUGAAAGAACCUAUUGAAAAAUAUAUGAAACAAUUAGAUCAAUUUCCAUUUUUUACAGCCAAAGAAUUACCGAUUGGUUCGACAAAAACACCAGUUUUGGCUUGUAAUCUAUCACAUACUGGUGAACUUGGUUUCGUUCUGUAUAUGCAUAAUCAACAAGCAGUACAAUGUUAUGAUCAAUUAGUUGCUGCCGGUAUUAAAUAUGGUAUACAACAUGCCGGUAGUAUUUGUGUUCGGUCAUUACGUAUUGAAAAAUUUUUUGCAUUCUGGGGACAAGAUCUUGAUUCCACAUCAACACCAUUAGAAUGUGGUCGUGGUUUUCGUGUUUAUUAUGAUAAAAAUUUUUUGGGUAAAGAAGCUUUAUUACGACAAAAACGUGAAGGUUGUAAACGUCGUUAUGUACAAUUAUUAUUAGAUUCAUUUGAUAUUGAUAAAGAACCAUUAUGGCCAUGGGGUAAUGAACCAAUUUAUUUAGCCAAUAAUGGUAAUGGUGAUAAUGAUCCAAAUGCUAAACCAGUUGGUAUGACAACAACAACUGCAUAUGGAUUUACAUUAGGUCGAAUGGUUUGCCUUGGUUAUAUCAGUCAUCCAGAUCCAAAUGUAACCAUCACAAAUGAUUAUAUUUUAGGUUCAAAUUUCGAAGUGGAAGUUGGUGGUAAACGUUUUAGUGCACAUAUUAAUUUACAUUCACCAAAAUUAACUGAUGUCAGUGGUACGUAUAUGCCUUCAACAACAACAACAACAACAACAAUGUCAUCGAACGUUUCUUGAAGAUUUUCUUUCGUUAAACAUGUGAU